AACGUGUAGCACGCACCAAUCAAUUAUCUCUCUGCACACACGCGAAUGACAGAUGUGCGUUGCGUUGCCGAGGUUAUGGAGCAAUGCACCUGUAAUAUGUACGUACAUGUAUGUCUACGGCAUAUCUCCGCCGAACAGGUACAUCUGUACGCGUUAUCGCGUAGAGAACUGGGAUAUCAUUAGAGAUUUUUCAUGUCAUCUGUAUUGUUUUGAUUAUUGAAAUGGAUGAGAAAGGAUGAACUGAGCCUUAGGAGAAUGAGGGAACCAGCAAACAGUCAGCAGGGUGGGGUGAAGCGUUUCUCCUACAAUGGUCCUAAAUCAUCAAAAGACAACUCACCUGGGCCUACUGAUGAAUGGUUUAACGGAUUGCCAACCAAGUCAAAAUCAGAACAAUCAUUCCACGGAAGCAACACCGAACUUGAUGACGUAUGGAGCAUCAGGAAGAAUGUGUCUGCGAGUCAGAACCUGCCAGCAAAGCAGGCGACAACCGCCAGCAACAACCCCCAAGCCACUGGCUACUACUCACGCCACGGCCAGUACAACAACAAGUCCUCCAAGCUUAACGAAGACACGUCUGCUCUCACCGGUGCAGAUGGAUCAGGAUUUGGAAAAUCCGGAGGCUACUCUUACGGUCAGUCCAGGUCCAGUUACUCCUACGGCGCAGGAGCUGCAGGUGUUGGACCAGGUCAGAAUACCAGUCCCAGGUUCACAACAGGACCAAGUAACACAACUCAAGGAUCGGGUAGAUCAGGAGGAAUAGGCCCUCCAUUGGGAAGUGGAAAUAGAUCACCCACUCGCUCGAACACCAGUCGAUCAUUGGAAUCCCAGUACAGCAGAGGGAGGGGCAGUGAUAAGUGGAGUAGCUUCUAAUCCCACACUGCUAUCACAGCAUUAGUUAUCGUACAAAGAACAGCAAGUAAUCACUACUACAUCAUUGGAGGGAGGGAGAGCAGUGGCUGGAGCAGCUCUAUUGUAAGGUGUAUGCGUGAGUUGCUGAAUUAUAUAGGAGCUUUAGAAAUGAUAAGAGAGAAUGGAAUUAGAGGAAAUGGCUAGAACAUGUAGAAAAAUAGCAGAUGCGAGUACAGAGGAGGAAAACUUCUGCAUGGAUGAGCUUUUGUGGAGAAGGAAGAGGACAGCAGAGAUGAACAGUAAAUUUUAAUAGCAAAGGGAAAACAGGAAAAGGAAGACUUGAAAAUACAAUUAUCAUUUCACGUAGAGAAAAUAAAUAUAAAUGACUUAGUUGCCAAUUGGCACUUAAUUCAACAAUUAUUGCAAAUGCAAAUGAUAAAAAUCCUACCAUUUUCAUGUGGUUCAACGUUAAAAAAGAGAAGAAAAGUUUUCCCGUUGAUAAUUUGUAAGAAAUUAGAUAUUUACGAUUGCUCCAGAGUUGAAAAUAUGCAUUGUGGAUGUGUUUUUAAAAACAUAGUCACACACAAAACAAGGAUUUUUUUUUUAAUGUGGAAAUUAUGUUAUGCACAGACUGUAAUGUGCAAAAAGACCAACAACUCACAUUGGCACAUUGCAAGUGUAUUUUAAGUUGUUGCCACUGUAAAAUUAUUCCUAUAGUUUACUACAUUUAAACAAUUUAAACAUUUGAUGUGAUGCUUUUUUAUGCCUCCGUCAUCAAAGGCUUGUGCCGAAAGCAUUAUGUUUUCAGGUUGUCAGUUUAUCUGUCCAUCGCUCCUGCUUUUCUUUACCGUGAUAACUUGAGAACCAUAAAACAGAUUUUAACCAAACUUGGAUGAAGUAUGUAUGAGCAUGCAAGGAUGAACUGAGUAGAUUUUGGGUCUAAGAUGUCAAAGGUCUAAGGUCACAGGUUCAUAAAAGUGUUUAAGAAUACCAGAAAAUACCUCAUUACUGUGAUAACUUGAAAAGCAAUUCAAACCAAACUUGGAUGAAGAGAUUAAAUUGUGGGUGUACGCUGUUGGUAAGAGACUCUGGUAUCCAGUUUUUCCAAUCCAGUUAUUUUCUUCAAACUGGGGGCAUAUGUUCAUUCAUCAAACUCUAAUAAUACUUAUAAUACCACAAAUUUCCUUUGGGGAAAUCAUUAAGGAGAAUCAGAAUGAUACAUGUAUAUCAGUAAUUACCCUGAAACAAAUUUCCAUCAUUUAUUCACAGGGAAAAAAA